CUCCAGAGCUGCUGCUGCCGGUGGUGAUGCUAAUUAUGUAGAGCGGUGGCAACCGACCCAGGGUAAUAAUUCGGUGUCUAAAAUUGAUGCCCACUCCUCUGUUUGUUCUUUCAAUUAUAUUAUGCGGGAGAUAAGGAAGCCCCACCGUCUCUGAAGGGGAGCUAAGGUGAUUCCGGUGUAGAACGCACAAAUCAGCGAACAACGAAGCAUGAGAGACCGACAUGGCAGAGGGUAAUAAUAACGGAGUUAGCGAAACGAGGAACGAAGAAAUAGAUCUGGAGAAGGUCACCGACUUCACAGAAAAUAAGUUCUCAACGAGAUUAGAAGAUGAGGGUACCGAGCUGGAGGAGGCCAUCAAUUUGACAGGUCUCGGGCGGUUCCACGCCGUUCUGAUAUUCACUUCGGGAUUGUCCCUGUUGUCGAUGGUCUUGGAGGCCGCCGGGAUAAGUUUUAUGAUUCCAGCGGCUCAGUGCGACCUGGCCUUGACCGUCACGGAGAAGAGUUACUUGUCCGGCAUGACCUACUGGGGCAUGGUGAUAAGCGCUCACACGUGGGGUUUUUCAGCGGACACUUUUGGGAGGAAGAAAGUUCUCGUGGUAUCCGCCUACACGACUUGGGUGUCAAGUUUCAUAUCAAGUUUCGCUCCGAACGCCAGCAUUUUUAUAGCUUUCAGAUUUUUAACAGGAGUAUUCCUCUGCGGAACGACGUCGACCGUUUACGCUUACCUCAGUGAAUUUUUACCGGCCUCGAAGCGCUCGAGGAUCAUCACUUGGACCUGUGGUUUUAUCGCCGGUGGUUUUCUCCUGAUACCAGGUUUGGCCUGGCUUCUUCUGCCCGUGCAGUUGAAUUGGGAUCUCGGUUUCGUAUUGUACGGUUCGUGGCGGCUCUACAUCGCGAUCGCAAGCUCUCUCAUUCUUUUCGAAGGUUCGAUCUUCCUCUACCUGCCGGAAAGUCCAAAGUUCCUCAUGUCGGUUGGUAGGAAGGAGGCGGCCCUUGAAGUGUUGAAAAAUAUUUACGCCCAGAAUUCUGGUAACAGUCCAGAAAAUUAUCCGGUUAAAAGUCUGAGGUUCGAGAAAAUUGGAUCCGCUGACGAUACAGCGAAUGAGACGCCGCACGUUUCUCCUCGGGUUUCGUUCACGCCUAGGGGUCUCGCCGACGUAAUCUGGCGACAAACGGCGCCCUUAUUUCGCAAACCGUACGGUUGGACCACUCUACUUUUCUGCACACUUCAAUUCGGUAUUUACUGCAGUUCGGGUGGUCUCUAUCUGUGGAUGCCGAACAUUCUGAACAUGAUGACCUCGGACGUUGGCGUCGGUAAUUCCGAACCUGAAACGAUAUGCGAAUUUGUCGCCUACCAGGUAAACAUCACGUCCUACGCCACCUUGGAAACGACCGAAUGUAGCGACGAGAUAAGGACAGGUGUUUACAUGAGCAGCCUUGUUCUCGGCGCUUUCUACGUUGUUACUUACGGUGCUUACGGGGGGCUCGUUAGCCUCUUUGGUAAACGAAAAGUCUUGGUUUCGAUGUUGUGCUUGAGUGGAAUUUCGGGUAUCGGAUCGUAUUUUGCGAGAGACGAGAUCACGGUGACGGUUCUUAUGUCGGCGUACAUCGUGCUCUCGGGGACAUGCGUUAGUAUUCUUGGUGCUGCGAUCGUCGACGCUUACCCGACUCAUCUGAGAGCCAUGGCGGUUUCCUUGACUUUGACUUGCGGACGUUUCGGAACUGGCGUUGCCGGGAAUGUGAUUGGAAUUUUCAUCGAGACUUACUGCGGAAUAACUCUGAUAGGACUCGGAUGCGUGACGUUGAUCUGCGCUCUUCUCGCUAUUUCAGUCCCCGACAAGUGAGCCACGCACAGGACGGAGAUGAGAAUUUCUUAACACAGGUAAUUCGAGAACGAAUAUGGAUUUGCCCGCAGGGCCCUGCUGGCGGAAUAUCAACGGCGAAUUGGAGCAAAUUUUUAUAUUUCGAAAUACACGGAAAAAAAAAAACCAACCGCACUAUCACCCCGGAUUGUCAAUUUUCUGGACCAUUGUAAAAAAAAAAGACCGUCCCUUCGUUUGUCCGGACUAUAUUCGACACGGUGUUGGUGUAGAAAAAAAGUGAUCCGAACAAUCGCGGAUUAAUCGACUCAACAUCACGACUUUGCUAACUUUCGUUCCCGACGGCAUGACGUAUCGCGUCAUUGCAGCCGUAACGAAAUCUCUUCACUUCGCAUGAGGCUCAAGCUCAGCUAUUGUUCUAUUUGAAUCUAGUAAGCCGAUUAACUGAGGUACUCACCGAUAGAAUGCAGGAUCCGCUUACCCUAGCGGUUCCACAUUAUUUCACGGACUUAUAGGUAUACAUGUACAUAUUGUAUACUAUUGAUAUUCCUCAUUUUCACAAGCUCACAGAUAUCUCUCUCUCUCUCUCUCUCUCUCUCUCUCUGUCUAUUAACUGACUCAAUGACCUCUCAUUAGAAGCCGUUUCUACAUACAUCGUUCCUGAAUAUUUCCUAUUCUAAAAAUUUGAUGACCAAUCGAAACUCGAAGAGGUUUAAUAUUUUUGCACAUUGAAAUCAACGUAAUUUCCUCCUAUCGCUGUAGCGCACCUAUAUACGUACAGUAAUAAAAUGAGAAUAUGAGUGGGGAAAGGUCCAGAGGCUAGUGGUAAGCGACGCAGCGAUUGACCACAUCUAUUCGGCAAUCUCGAUUCAAUUUGAAACGGUACCGACUCCUCACCCCUCCCCGUCGGUCAUCGACAUGGUGGAUACCCGGUACGUUUCGCCGGUAUUUGGCUUUAAUUUCCAUACAUAGGUGAAUCCAGGUCUCGGUAGGGUGCGGGUACAUCCGUUCACGUUUUCCGCCGUUUCGCCGCGCACGUUACUUCCCCGAGAGCCCCAUGGCGCAGGUAAUGUUAUUUUACGAAGGUCCCGUGUUAUUAAACUUACCAGCCAAAGGAAAUUUAAUCACGCUCGAUAAUAGCCCUCUCCGGUCCCAUGGACUCCUGACAAUCGGUUUCCUCUUCAGCUUCCUUUCGUUCGUCCCACGGGCCGCCGGAUAUUUGGUUGUUUUCUUUCUCCUUGCGGAUGUCUUUCUUCUCUCCGAUAUCUACGUUUGGUCCUUUUCGUGUUCAGGUGCUCACUGCCCCUCCCUUCUCCCCGAUGUCUAGAUUUUUAUUUCUCUACCGGGCAUUCGGUUAAACGAUUCGGUCCAUAACACUUUCGAUAAAAGGCGGAUUCCCGAUUCCCAAUUUCUUCGUUUCCCUGUCGAGAUCGCGACACUUUUUGACUCCUGAUAAGCUCCAUUUCACCCUUAUUGUACAGAUCAUAGAUGUAUAUAUAUAUCGUAUAUUUUGUUCUUCAACAACUCACAGUCAACCCAGGAAAAAAGAAAAUUCUCCGAGUACUCGUUAAACUUUUUCCCUGUAUUCCGGGUGCGGUUCACUUUGGUAUUGGGAUAAUAAUUACCGCCGCAAUUCAGGUCGACCGAAAAAUAAUCCCCUCGUACCUUCAGCUCUGUAUUAUUUUUUUUUUCUCUCUCUUUUUAUUUCCUACAAUUUUCUCUAACUCUUUUUAGCCUCGUUCGCUCGUUCAUUACGCGCGUGCAGGCUGCAGCGGGCCGACCGCGUAGUGUACAGAGAUUUUCGUUAUUUAUUUAUUUAUUUUUUUGUCACGCUUUUUUUUCUUUUUUUUUUUGCUCCGCUUCGUUUUUCCGUUUUCAACCACGCGUACCCCCACCCCAACUCUGAUAACAAAAACUAAUUUCAACUCGUGUUUUUGUUAGCAAGUGGCAAGUGGUGUGGCUAUACGGUGGGUGGAAUUGCGGAGGACCGGAGAACCGCGGGGGGGGGGAUCGUCGCGAUGAGUCAAAAGCGGGUAGGUCUGUCCUUUGAUGCUCUAAUGGCGAAACGGCCUCUGCGGUAUACGUCUACUUCACCCGGGUUAUAAUCGACACCUGACAAAACGUACAGGGGACCACGUAUACGAACGGGCGAACGUAAAAUCUUUGGCGGUAAAAAAAAAAACUUUGCGGAUUUAUAUCGCGCGUACUUUAUUCGAUCACGUAUGACGGCUCCUCGUAUUUUCACCUCGGGGUUAAACGCGUGUAUAUAUAUUUGUUUUAUCGCGAUCCUCUUCCUAACUAAACACAGCCGAGGGUACAAAGUUGCGAGAGAUAUAUAAGUUAGCAGCGGAGGGUAGACUCGCGAAUCGCUUAUUUCUAGGCCGAACGAAAACCUUUUUACCUCUAGGAGGAAUGACGUAAAAAGUGAAGGGAAAUAGGUAUACGACGAGGUGGGGGGUCGUUGAUACUUGGCGUAUAACCUUGUUUCGUAUCAAUGAAGAUUCGAACGAUCUUAUCGGCGGCUAUCGAGGAUCGAAACUUUUCAAUCUGUGUAUAUACGUCCCGCGUCGGCGAGUCUACCUAUAAGUUGUGUUGCCGGGAGUUCUGCAACGGUAGCAGCAACACCGGCGGCAUCAGGACACCUCGGGUAAAUACAUCCCGGUAUACAUAUAGCUAUGCUAUGUAUCGAGUGUAAGGAAAGAGUGUGGCUGGAAUUGAAUUCGCCUAUAUAUAACCCUCCUCUCUCCUCUCUCCUCUCUCCUCUUCUCUCUCACUUUCUUCUCUAUUUCACAGCCUCUUCUCUCCGUUCUCCUCGACAGGCCGAGGUGACGCUGGUAGCGAUUUUCACAACGUUUCACGUCGGGUUAUUUCGCUUUAUCGCGUACCGCCGCCAGGUUUAGAGAGCAGCACCUUUUAACGUGAGGCACACGGGGGACUUACGCUGGUUUAAUUGAGUAUAUAAGAUGAGAUUGAACGCGUUCCGACACACUCCCGCCGGGGCGCCCGGUUCCCCGAGAAAAAGAAGAAGACGGUAAAACAACCGAUAGAAUUUGCAGCUUCUUACCUCUCCUAUUUAUUCAUCCACCUUACACCGUGCAAGUUUCAACCCCACCCGAAAUUCGUAGGCACGGGUAGUUUUUCCUUUUACACCUAUUUUGUUUUUUCAUUUGUAUCGACGUAGAAAAUUUGAAAAUCGUUCUAUACAACGUUUUUAUGGAACACUCUUUAAACUCGGACGUAGAUCUACAUUUUUUCACCUCUCAUGACGUAAAUUGGAUUUCGUGAGCGUUCGGACCGAUCACCCCAAAUAUCCUAACGUAAAAGAGAAAGUGUGUAACCCACAUAUAGUGUUAGAGAACUAUAUAUAAUCCGUAAAUACGUCAUCUUCGUACCAUAAAAAGUAACGAACGACUUCGUAAAAGCUCGCUGCUGUUUUCCGAGUAAUUACUUCAUGUCACGUCAUUCCCUCGACCGUGCAGUUUUGUCGGCUAGCUGCUUACGACCAUUUUAAAUUUCCCCGAUCGCCCCUUCUUUUUAUAUUUUUUGCCUCGUUUUAAUUCUUUUUUUUUUCUUUUUUUUUCAACUCUAUUCGACGUCACCUCUCGCCCUGGCACACUGCGAUGUACUGAUUCGAGUAACGCGAUUCAUGCGACGAUAAUUCUAAAACCGGUUACAUAAUUUCGUGUAUUUUAAUGCAGACCGCGCGAACGCUUCAGAUUCCCCGAAGUUUCGAUCGGAGAAAGCUUUUCUCGAUUUCGGAUCCACCGAUCGGGUUUACCGUCACGUUCCUAUUUUAUACCCUAAAUGCACGUUUGUGUUAUUCUUCGAUAAAGCGGACCGUGAGAGGUACCCGGACGGAGUAGAAAAAAAAAAAUAAAAAAAAAAAAAUAAAAAUAAAAAUAAAAUAAUAAAAUAAAAAGAAAACGAAGAAGAAAGGAAACGAAUGAAAAGAAAGAGAAAAGGAAUAGAAAACUGUCAAAGGGAGGAUAAGGAAGAGGGCACCUAUAUUGCUCGUACCAACUGACCGUGAAAUGAGCCUGGCCUACGUUGGCCUACUAUAUCUCCAGGUCGAACGAACGUCUGGCUAGGAUGUAUUUUCUGCUUGACCGCCAUUGCAAUAUCUGGCAUCAGCCUCCUCCUCCUCCCUCCUCCUCCUCCUCCUCUUCGCUCUCCUCUCGCCAUCGGGUCUGUCGACAUUCGAAAAUCGGAUUACUGGAGAGACUCGACAAGCUGUCGGCGACGAGAGGGGCCAGCUUUUUCGAACGAAACGUAAAACAUUUCUCCCCCUAUCCGCCCCCGUCGCACAAACGAUGCCCCGGACGAGAUCAAAUGUUUUGCCAAAUGUGCUCCGGAUCGACGUGGAACAUUUCUCAGAUUGAAAAGAAUUAAGCGAGGGCAGCUCGCGUUCGUUGGCCUCGAAUUCUUGGGGGAUGAGAAUCUCGAGGGCUCAAUUAGCGUGGAGUGACUUAUGAGAUCGGAGUCAGGAUUGCGACGGAGUGAUUACACGGCUUAGAACGACGAAAUCAGGUAGAAUUUAGGUAGGGUAGGUAUAAUACAGGAGAGCACAAAUUGGCGUCGGUGUUACGGAAGACGUGAGCGGACAAUAUGGGCCUAAUUACGCUACGGGGUGGUUGCAAUUGAUUAAUCAAUCCAAGAAUCGCCGGGUGAUCGUCCGGAACCCACGAGUAACGGUGUACAGCCGACGUAUCGCGUGGAUGAUGCCGAAAAUUUCAACUGUCGAAUACGCGGGGGGAAGUAUUCGAAUGCAAAAAACUUUCCGAUAGUUUGCUCAUCGAAGAGACGAGCCGAGAAGUCGAAUCGUGGCGAAUGAAAUUCUCCUUCUACGCUUCGGCGAACGUUAAACGUUACGCACGUCACGUCGAGUGCGAACAUUUGCUCCGGGUCGAACGGUGAUCCUCGAAUUUUUUCCCUCGAGGCGUCAGACCAGGUGCGUACAGUGGCGAAGAAUUGAAUCUUUGACCCCGGACUGCAGGGGUAUCCUAUUUCGGACGAUUGGAGGAAACUUUUUUAAUUCUCUCGUUGAAAAAGUUUAGCUGCGUAAAAGAUUCGAGAUCGCGCGACCCCGUGACUUUUACUCUUGAAUAAUGCGAAAGGGGGUAAUCGAGGGCGAUUCAAUGCCCCUGGAAUCGCGAAUGCGAAUCCCCGAUGACAGAGCGACUCGAAAUAGAUAAUAUCCCGUCCCCCCCUGAAAUAUUUCGCAAGUGAAAUUUCGUCAGUCCUUAUCAUCAGCUACCGAAUUUCUCAGGUGCACCCCGUUCCCGGGAUUUUCUUAUUCCCCAUACCAUUCCGUAUAUCGAAUGCGAGGCACUCGAAAACGGAGACGGAUCCUUCGCUCGGAACUUUCAAACUCCCGAAUAAACGACAACAUGAGGAAAAAAGCGAUGUAAGAAUAUUGAAAAAAAAAAAAAAAAAAAAACGAAGAAGAGAAAAAUAAACUGAAUAAAAGAAACAAAAUUGCUCUCGAGUAGGCGUAUCUGCUAGCUUCUAAAUUGAGUCAAAGCUUCAAAGUAGCGCGGAUAGAUCUGCCGCCCAUCCCUUUUAUUACAUUUCCUCGAUUCUGAAAAGGUAAAUCAAAUCCGAUAUCACGCAGCUCGUGAUACCAGUUGCCUCUUAAAAUGUACCGUAGGUAGGUUGUAUAUGCAUGAAAAUUUCAAUACGUUCAAUUUUUCAAUUCUUUCAUCUGUUUGCAAAAAGACAAUAGGAAGGAGAAGAUUUUAGAAUUUUUUUUUCUUCCCUAUCAUUUUUCGAGUACACGGAGCUAGAACUGUUCAUUAUCUGAAAAAAAUCGAACGUCGCGUUGGUAUAUUUUUCACCUCCGCAGUUCGAAUGGCCGGAUAAAAAUUUUUUUGAACGAAACGACGAACGAGUGGAUUUGAAGAGUUGUUUGUUCUACGCUGACGUGGGUCCGCGCAUCGAUGCAUACCAAGUGAGCUUUCCUCCUCGCAACUCCAUUCCGGUGCCGGAGGUUUCGAAUCGGGCGGCGAGUGCCCGAUAUACCUGCCGGAUCCGUACCUUGUUCGUACCCAACCUGAAACCGUAACGGUCCGCACCCGUCACCGGGCAGCGGAAUAAAGCAGAUCACGCAGUUCGCGACAAGCUCCCGUUUUGCCUCGUCCCUCCGUCAGUCAGUUUGGAAGGGCUGAUUGGCAGAUUCGCCCAUCUUAAAUAGCGGUUUUCCAAGUGGUUUCGCUCUGCUUCCCAAAGCACGAUGACAAGAGGUUGACUCCACCCCUGGGACUAACGGUCGAACGGAGGAUUUUGCCUUUAGCUAAAUUUGAACGCGGCAAUUAAGGGAUACGUGGAAAAUCCAAUUUCUCGGAUCGGAAUCAAACCUAUCGGCCAGCAGGUGCGCUUUGCUACGGAGCCGCCCAAUCGUACAGGGUGAGUAUUGUCAAUGUUUCAGACUAGGUUGGACUUACGACUAGUUGACACUCGUUCGAACAACUAGGCGAGUUAUCACAGAGGUGGGGACUACGACGACUGUGUAUUCGUGACAUUUAUUUCGAAUCAGCUCUUCAGUCGGUUCGGAGAUCUUCGUGAUGGUGGCUCGGUGUUUACGUGUUGACAACGACGGCAAUGAGCAGACUCACCCUGUACGUUCCUACGCGAGCAAUAAAUUGGUGCCGAGCUGUAGGCACGGCUUGAAAUACAUGUACCAGCUGCCACCCGAGUUCUACAGUUCUGAUGGAAACUAAUCGAUUAUUGGCGAUAAGAUUACCGGUGAUGUAUUUGGAUCAUUCACGAGUGACGUGAAUUCCUUAGAUGGCCGAUACGACUGGAAGAAAGUUUUUUCAUCAGUUUAAUCACGGCCCUCGACAACGGGGUGUUAUUAUUAUUCAGUCCCAACGCGGAUGCUGGAAGUUUGGACGGGGAUCGCAUCGUGUAUACCUAUUUUGGCUCUGAGACGCUUAUGGAACCUAGGAGAUCACGACUGUGAGCCUACAACGCGACGUGGUCCGGUAGAUUUCUGUGUAGGGUUUGAGCUUACGCGAGCGGCAGACCGUUCGGCUAACGGAAGCCACAAAAUCCCCCUGGAUAUUUUACCACCCACUUGGCUUUGCGAAAGCUUUUGGGUUACAGCUUUACAAAAGAUAUCUUUGGCGUUAAUAAUGUAAUUCAAAUUUAUUUUUCAGUAAGAUUACUGCCGGCGUAUCAAUUUACAAGGUCGUUAAGCAGCUCGGUUAUUUUUCCGACGCGGUAUACAUCAUCUUCGGAAAGUUCAUGUAUUCAAAAGUUGGAAUACCCUAAGAAUUUUAUUACGGAAUUUUAAAUAACUACGGUAGUUUCAUCGCCAGAGGUGUAAGAUUACCUACCCGUUGACUUGUAUACUUGUAUGUAUGUAUAUGGAUGUUUUUUUUUUUUUUUUUUUUUUCUUUU